AACGUCAAGGCGGGGACUGAUUUUGAAAUCUCCAGAAUCAGGUAAAAGAUGCGAUCUAGAACGCGAGAGUCCUUGGAGGAGGGUCUGGACCCGGGACCUCCUCAGACCGACAAAGUCCAGAUCAGAUCCAAGUCUAGUCCAGACCAAAUCCAGUCCGAGUCUAGUCCAGACCUGAAUCGGAGAAGGACCUCAGAGGAGGGGAAGGAGAACAGGACCUCCAACAGAACCAAACCAUCAGCACCCAAGAAGAACCCAAGUCCAGACCUGAGCAACAAGGACCUGCUCCACCUACUGGGCAUCAUGGAAGGAGAGGUCCAGGCCCGUGAUGACAUCAUCGCUCUGCUUCACUCACAGCAGUCUGGUCCCGAGGCUCUAGAGGCUCACUAUGGCUCUGCUGUCCCCUACAGACCACUCCAGGCACUGCAACGAGACGCAGUUUAUACUCAUGACAACAACAGAGAGGACGUGUACGAGGCGCCUAUGGCCGAGUUGGAUCGUCUGGAGCAGAGGCAGAGGGAUACCUACAGGAGGAUGUUGGAGCAGUUGUUGUUGGUGGAGAAGCUUCACAGGCGCACAGUGACAGAACUGGACUCAGAGAAACACAAACACAAAGAGUUCAUGAGUAAAAGCGAUGACUUCACCAACCUCCUGGAGCAAGACCGCCUCAGACUGAAGCGUCUCGUGGAGCAGGAGAAGUUGUACCAGUCUCGUAAAGACAAAGAGCAUCGUCGACAUUUGGACAAACUCAAAUCUGAACUGAUGCAGCUCCGGUCCUUUGUUCUUCUGAUGGUGGAGGACAGACAGAAACAUGUGGAGCAAUCAGACCAACAAACCCAGAAGAUACAAGACCUGAGCCACAAACUGCAGGAGCGAGAGGAGCGCAUCACCAUUUUAAACCAGAAAACCCAAGAAGACGCCCACACCAUCCUCAAAAUGGACGCCGAGCUCGAGGUGAAGUCAGCCAAACUUCUAAACGAACAAGAAGAUAUGACGAACAAGCUCUUGGCGCAAGAUUCACAAAUGCGGCAACUUCGACUCAAACUGGUCACACUCUCCAAUAAGAUAGAGGAGCUGGAAGAGAGAAAUAAAGUUCUACAGAUUUCAGAAAGUGAUUUGAAGGAAUUAACAGAGAAAAUUAGCAAAAACGGAAAUCCAAAUUUGGUUUCGGAAUUAGAAACAUUGAGGAAAAAGGUUUUGGAAAUGGAAGGGAAAGACGAGGAGCUGACCAAAAUGGAAUCCCAAUGUAAAGAGUUUAGAGUGAAGCUUCAAGAGGCGCAAAAUCAAAGUAAAAUGUUGAAACUAGAGUUUGAGAAAGUUCAGAAACACGUGGGACAAAUGGAGAAGUUAGAAACGAUUUUUAACAAGAGCAAAACUGAAAGUUCACAGCUCUGUUCAAACUUGGAAAAAGAGAAACAAAAUGUGAAAGAACUGUCCAUGGAGUUGGAAGCUGUGAAAGCAAAAGUGAAGGAGCUACAGUCCACUGAGGCAAAGUUUGAUAAGACCGAAAGGUUUUUAAAAGAUGACAUCACAAAACUCAAAUCGCUGGCGGUGAUCAUGACGGACGAGCGCAAGAAUUUGGUGGAAAGAUUGAAGCAAGAAGAGGAGAAAUGUGAAGAUAUCGGCCGUAAAUUCAAAGAGGAACAAGCUAAAGUUUCAGAAGUUACGGAAAAGCUGAUCGAUGAGAGUAAAAAGAGGUUAAAGGUGAAGUCUGAGAUGGAGGAGAGAGAGGUGCAGAUGCAGCGACAGCUAACGGGCGAGCAGGAGAAAUGCAAGCAGCUAAACGCUAAUCUAAGCAGCACUAAUGCUAAGUGUGAAGAUUUGGAAAAAAGAGAAAAAGAUUUACAAACCAAAUUAGCAAUAACUGAAAGAAAUUUGGAGGAAAAAAAUAAAAUCUCAGAAGAGUUCAGUUUGGAAAUCAACAAACUUCGAAGUCGGUUGAAGCAUCUGGAAAUUGUGGAGGGAGAUUUGGUGAAGACGGGAGACGAGUACGACCUGUUGGAGAAACGGUUCCGAUCUGAGCAGGAAAAAUCAAACUCUUUGGCAAAAAUGAUGGAGGAGCUGAAGGCAGAAGUGGCAAGAAGUAAGGCGAUAGAGAAAGGAGAGGCGGAGACAGAGCUGCGGAUGAGGUUCAGAGCGGAGGAGGAGAGGAACGAGGAGCUGAGAGCAGAGAAUGUCACACUGAAGGAGAAGGUCCAUGAGCUGAUGAACCUGGAGGACCGGAUCUCUCAGCUGCAGGCGGAGCACGCAGGGAUGAAGAGGAGGCUCAGGGAAGAAGAGGAGAGGAAUGCUCAGAGGAACGAGGAGUUUGAGAAGGUCACACAGGAGCUGGAGAGCAUGAGGAGGUUGAGUCGCGUGUCAAGGCCUUGCGUGACCGGGCGGAGGAUGGUGGACAUCCCCGUGACCUCCAGCGCGACACAAACCCAGUGUUCAGACGAUGAAACUGCAGCCGGCUUCAUCCGGAAGUCUGUGCAGGAAGAGAACACCUUCAUGAACCAUCUACGACAGAGACGGAGUCGACCGGUGCUGGAGAGAUAUCCCCCGGCGAGCGCAGAGUCCGGGCAGGCGAGCUCGUGGAGUCCCUGGGUCAGACACAAACCUCCAGAGCAAAGUCCAGCUCCACAAACCAGACCUCUGCACAUCCGCUUCACGCCAAACAUCGAAAAUAGCCGCGCAACGCUAGAGAUCACCAGUCCCAAAGCAGAGGAAUUCUUCUCCAGCGCGACCAUCAUUCCGACUUUGGGAAAUCCAAAGAUUACGAUUGUCCCAAAACCUCCCGUAUUCAGAAGCAGAGUGAAGGAGGGGUUUGAGCGGGCACAGUCUCCGGUCACGAUCACGGCCUUUUCCAAAGCAAGAAAUUUGGAGAAAAGCACGGAAAGUUUUCAAUCUCCAGUGUCGAUCAUCACAGUUAGCACGACGCCGGUGAACGAGUUGAAAGACACUGGCAAGACUGUGAUAAAAAUGCAUUCGGAAAACCCACAAACAAACUUCAGCUCGCAGGGAAACAUAAUAACGACAGAAGACAAUAAGAUCCACAUCCACUUGGGGGCACCACAGUUCAGCAGGAAGACAGAGGAGAGAAUGGAGGAGGUGGGGACAGUGCGGAGAGCGCCAAAAGUCCCGCCAAGUUUGGAGAAAAGUCCAGGAAGUCCAAACAAAAUCAUUCAAAAAAGUCCAGAGAAAAAGAGCAGCAGCAUCAUGAUCACUCCGACCAAUGGGAACACCAGGACCGUACACAAUAUGCCUGGUCCAGACUUGACCUCUCGGAUCUCCCAACCUUUGACCCCAGGGCCUAAGUGCUUCCUGGGUCUGUCCUCCAUCACGCGCCUUGAGUCCAGAGCAGAGAGUUUGAAGAUACAGCUGAGAAAGUCCACUGUGACUCCCAACACAAGAGGACAACUGUGACGGUCCUGCUUUAGUCCUGGCUUAGACCAUAUUUUGGUACUGGUUGAGACUUGGUUUAGUCUGUGUAGUUAAGCCAAACAAAACCUGUCCAUGGCUUUUUAUUUCAGCAAAAGUAUAAAAGGUGAAGGUUACACUAGAAUGUAAGUCUGUGUGUGUCUGAAAGCAUUUUAAACAUUUGUAUUCUCACAUUUAUGCUUUUAUAUUGUUUGUGUUUGACAGUCACCAAUAAAAAGCAAUACAAAA